AGAUGUAAGGCCAGGCUAGCCCAAUCUAUUCCACUAUGGUGAUCCCAACUGCGGCGCCUAACAUACGCCAUGAAGCGUAUUGCGCAUCAGCGCAUUUUAGCAUGGUCUCUCCAACAUCGCGAGUAGGGCUUUAGACCGUAUUUGCGAGGUCUUCUUUCUUCUCUGCGAUCUCUGCAGUCUACUGUGUGCUGAAGGUUCAUGUCCGCUGCGUGAUAUACUUUCGCGGAAGCCAAACAAGACGGAGAAUGGGGUUUCGGUUCGAUCUAUUUAUCGUUUUAAUCGCCAUACUUUCAGUACCCGUGCUUUCCGAUUUGAUCCUCUCCAAGGUUGAUCGGCGCAUUGAUUUGACAUCCCAAGUAGUACGCAUCACUUCAACACUCAAGGUGGAGAAUUCGGGAAAUGAUCCAGUCUCAGAGGUUUUGUUGGCCUUUCCUGAACACCAGGAGAAAAAUUUGGCAUAUUUAACAGCAAGCUUUCGUGAAGGGAAAGGAAAAGGCAAAGGUUCUACCUCCAGUCUCCCUGUUGAAGUUGUCCACCCUCAAGGAAUGCCCCCAGCAUUGGUCUUUUAUUCAGUGUCUUUACCCAAGGGACUGGGUAAAGGGGAAAGUUUGACUUUGGAUGUCUUGGUUGUAUUCACUCAUUCACUGAAACCAUUUCCUAAGGAAAUCACUCAGGCAGAUUUUCAGCUCGUCGUGUUCCAGGAUAGUGGACAUUAUCUCUCUCCUUAUGAAGUCAAGUUCCAGUCACUUAGUGUUAAGUUGCCUGAUGCAAGAAUUGAAUCUUAUACUAGACUAGAGAAUACCAAGACAGUUGGUUCCGAGAUCAAAUAUGGCCCAUAUGAGAAUCAUCCCCCCUUCUCAUACUCACCUAUAGUUGUCCAUUUUGAGCAAAAUCAACCCUUUGCUGUUGCUGAACAGUUAGUGAGAGAAAUAGAAAUUUCCCACUGGGGCAAUGUGCAAGUCACAGAACAUUAUAAACUCAUCCAUGCAGGUGCUCAGAGCAAGGGGGAAUUUUCGAGGCUUGAUUAUCAAGCCAGACCACAUGUGAGAGGUGCAUCAGCAUUUAGGCAUCUUGUUGCAAAAUUGCCACCAAGAGCUCAUUCUGUUUAUUUCAGGGAUGAAAUUGGCAACAUUUCAACAUCUCAUUUGUGGGGUGAUUUGAAGAAGACGGAACUGGAAAUUGAGCCUAGAUAUCCAAUGUUUGGUGGGUGGAGAACUUCCUUUUUCAUUGGAUAUGGCCUGCCACUCCAGGACUUUUUAUUUGAGUCAGGGGGAAAACGUUUCCUCAACAUCACUUUUGGGUGUCCGAUGAAUGAGGUUGUCAUUGACAAUCUCAUUGUGAAGGUUGUUCUACCUGAGGGAUCCAGAGAUAUUUCUGUUUCUGCUCCAUUUGCGGUAAAACAAUGGCAAGAGACAAAACUUUCCCAUUUGGACAUUGUUGGUAGACCUGUGGCUGUGCUAGAAAAGACCAAUGUUGUGCCAGAGCAUAAUCAACAUUUUCAGGUCUAUUACAAGUUCAACAACAUUUCAUUGCUUAGGGAGCCGCUGAUGCUGAUUUCUGGGUUUUUCUUCCUUUUUGUCACUUGCAUUGUAUAUAUGCAUGUUGACAUGUCAAUCUCCAAGUCUUCUGCUUCUUAUGUGAUGAAAUUACUGUGGGAAGAGAUCCAGGCAGCAAUUCAGCAGGUUCAUGAUAUCAUUAGCCGAUGUUUAUCCAUCCAUGAUAAACUAGAAGCAUCAUUACGUGAUCUCUCCAGGACUGGGGAUGUUCAAGCUUGUAAAGCAGCUCGUAAAGCAUCUGAUGGUCAAUUGAAAGAGCUUUCAAAAGAGUUGAGGCCCCUACUGGCAUUCUUGCAAUCUUCUCCACAGGCUGCCCAGAUAUUGCCCAAGGUGGAGGAGCUGGUUGCCAAGGAGAGAGAGUUGCAAGAGAAACUAAUGUUAAAACAUACAACAGUUGCCGAUAGUUAUGAGAAGAAGUCCGGGGGAAAGGAAAUUGAGAACCGAAUUGCUUCACAGCAGCAGAAAAUUGUAGCUCUAAGACAGGAGGUCGAUGAUCUUCUUGACUACAUUGAUGAGAUAUAGUAUAGAUGAGUAAAUUGCUGGAGUUGAAACCCUUUAGCUAGCCCACCACCUUAAUGACCUUACACAUUUAUUGAGUAAUGUUUGAAGCCAGAAUUUUGUUGCGACUUAUGAAAGAUUUUGAGUAGCCGACUGUAAUAUUACUUUGGUUUUCUGUUGCUAUAUGCAUGCAGCUUCUAAGA